CUCUUUCAGAGAAGGAGUUUAUGCAGCAGACACAGAACUGAGAAUUGCACUUCAUAAGUUUGGAUUUAUAACCAGUUUGACGUUGGACAAGAUGACUGGUCAUUUGGUGUUCUGUGUGAUGACAGCAUCCAUUGGUUCACUGCAGUUUGGCUACAACACAGCGAUCAACAGUAUAUUUUUUGUGAAAUUAGAUUCCUUUUUAUUGAGGACAUCGCUGGAGCGCUAUGGUCAACCCAUGGAUGAAUCCACUGUGACUACAGUGAGGUCUUUGGCUAUAACUAUAUUCCAUGCUGGUGGCAUUAUUGGUGCUCUCUCUGUGGGAGCUCUGGUCAACAAGUUCGGGAGACGUAAAUCUAUGCUCCUUUCUAAUGUCUUGGCUCUGAUCGGGGGUGGGCUGAUGGGCUUGUCCGGUGUUUCCCGAUCAUAUGAAAUGCUGAUCCUCGGUCACUUCAUCAUUGGCGUCUUCUGUGGUCUCUGUACGGGCCUGACUCCCAUGUAUGUGGCGGAAAUUGCACCGACAGCACUAAGAGGAGCAUUUGGCACCCUUCACCAGUUUGGGAGUUUACUUGGCAUGCUAAUAGCCAAGAUCCUUCUUUUCAAGGAGGUGUUAAUUUCUAAAAAUAAAUCUGAAGGAGAUGAAGAUGAUUCUUAUCUUUGGCCACUGCUGCCAUGCCUGACAGUUUUGCCUUCAGUAAUGCAGAUCAUAAUGCUGCUGUUUUGCUCUGAAAGUCCCAGAUACCUGCUCAUCAACCUGCAGCAGGAGGAGAAGGCUCGCAUGGCGUUGGUGGGUCUUCAUGGGAAUGACUGUAUUGAGGAUGAUAUUCAGGAGAUGAAGGAAGAAGCCAAUAGGGUGGCCAUGGAAAAAAAAGUUUCCAUUCUUCAGCUUUUCCGUAACCCCAUUUACCGGCGGCCUAUCAUCAUCACCAUCAUCAUGAAUCUUUCUCAGCAGUUCUCUGGAAUUCAGGCUGUAGCUUAUUUCUCCUGGUUGAUAUAUGAGAGAGCAUGCAUCACUAAGAGUGAAGUCUUCAUUACACAAGAAGCUGUUUACAUUAUCUUCAUAUUGUGCUCUCUAAUUCUGGUGGACUUCGCAGGACGAAGAAAACUUCAUUUGACUGGAUUGGGUGGAAUGGCCAUUUGUCUUCUUGUCAUUAUCAUCUCUGUUCAGCUAUUUGAGGGCGAUUACAUGUGUCAGCAACAUGCAGUGAACCUCCCAGGGGUCCUGGAGGUAACACCAAAGAGUAAUCCUCUAGUGGUAACUGUGGCCACUGUGGCUGUUUUCACAUUUCUGGCUAUGUUUGUGAUUGGCCCGGGGCCAAUCCCAUGGUUCAUAGCAACAGAGCUCUUUGCUCAAGGUGCACGGCCAGCUGCUGUCUCUGUGAGCGGCUGCUCUAACUGGACAGCCAACCUUCUGAUGCUUCUGUGCCUCCCCUCUCUGCUGAACUCGUGUGGAUCAUACGUCUUAAUCAUUUUCCUUGUGCUCCUUGUGUUGUUCUUCCUGUUUACCUACUUCUGGGUUCCUGAGACCAAAGGACGGACCUUUGAGGAUAUUUCCAGUGAAUUUGCUGGGAAGGCAGCUACCAGUUCCAACCAGUCUUCCCAGAGAGAGGAUGUGGCCAAUGUCUCAGUCUCUUCCCCCAAAGAAACAGUCGCAAUGGUGGAAUUUUAGUGGUCAGGAGGUCAGCCAGUGCUUAGACCAAAGAUCUAAUUUAAAUUCUUAAAAUUAUUACAAGCAGCAGAGAAAAACUGAUUAGUCUUCAUUAUAAAUUAAAAAGACUGUUGUAAUUAACACAUAGGGAAAAUUUAUAUUAAAAAGGAAACAAUCUAUUUUAAUUAUGAUGGGAUGCACUGCCAGUUUAGAGGAUGAUGUACUAAAGAUGUGUAUGCAGAUGAAUACAGCUUCACUUUGGCUAAUUAAAAUGCCCGAAGCAACAUAAACUGUUUUAAAUGCAAGCCUUUGUGUCUGAAACAAAGUAAACAAACUGCACUACAAUCAGUUUGUGACUCUUAUUGUUCCAAUUUUUCUUUUAAUAAAUGCUUAACAACACAAUCUGGCAGAUGAUGUAGUCGCGGAAUGGUUUCUUCUGACAUUCAAAUUAAUUAAGAAACAACCAGCCAUUCUUGACCUAAAAAACCCCCCAAUAUAAUAAUAAUAAUAUAUUAAUAUAAUAAUAAUAAUAAUAAUAAUAGUAUUAAGUAAUGUGCCAAUUUAAAGUAAAUAAUUACUGUACUCUCAACUUCAAGAUAUCUGAACAGUUGCUUCAUUACAGUAAUCUUCACUCUAUAUUCUGCACUUUGAGGCAAAAAUAUAUUUACGUUUGUGGUUGUAAUGCGACAAAAUGUGGAAAGGUUUGAGGGGUAUAAAUACUUUUGAAAGGCACUAAAAUUCUGUAACCUUUAUCUUCUGUUUGAUUAAAAAGAGACAUUUCAUAUUUUGCUAAAAUGUAUGCAUUGCUUUUUCUGAUACAUUAAGUCAAUCAAAGAUGGGUACUAACGCUAGUUUUAAAUAAAUUAUUUAAUGACUCCUACCUGUUUGCUUAAAUUUAGGUGGUGACUUGUUUUUUUGACCAGGCAGUGUGCAUAAUUUAAACAAUAUAGUGUUUUAGAGCUUCUCCUUGAUUUAUUCAGUUUAAUACUUAACUACUAUUCAACAAAGUAAUAUUCUUAGUUUUUUUUGCAAAAAAUUUUUAAGAGUUAAAGUGUGCAGUUCUUUUGUGGGCCCACAGUAUUAUGUUAACAGUUUAUGCUUUACUGGUUCUAAUGUCCUUGAUUUAUCGAUUUAUUACCAUUAUCUUUAUGAAUCAAUUA